AUGGCCUCUUCGCCGAAGCCCCACCUGGCGAAGAUUCGUCUCACACAGUUCGUCACUCGACAGCAUCGUUGUCUGAUCCGAGCUGCUGAUUGCAUUGCGUAUUCGAAUUCCACACAGACAGCACAACUCAUCGGUCAAAUGGCGCGCAACAUCAGUUCGGGGUCUGCAUUUGAGGCGGACAUUGGGUACUCCAGAGCGGUCAUCGUCGACGAUUGGAUCGAGAUCUCUGGAACUACAGGCUACAACUACCAGACAGGGGCCAUCUCACCAGACGUUGCAGAGCAGGCCGAGCAGGCGCUCCAAAACAUCGACGCUGCCCUCCGGCGGGCUCCAGCAUCGGCGACGUCGUCCGCGUCAGCACGAACAACACAGCACACGACGCAAUACUCUGUACGGCGCACGCGAUUCCAAGACAGAGACGCAGGACUCAACGCAGAAUUUCUCGACACCAUGCCCCGUGCGCUCACCCUCCGGCGGACGGAGGGCAAGCCUGGUGAGGUCUACUACCCGCUCCAGAUUACCGACGUUGCGAUGCCGGAGCCCGGGCCCCGCGAGCUCCUGGUGCGGCUCAAAGCGGCGGCCCUGAACCACCGCGAUCUCUUCAUCCGUCGCCACCAGUACCCGGCCAUCUCCUUUGGCAACCCCAUGCUUGCCGACGGCUACGGCGUCGUCGAAAAGGCCGGCUCCGCCGUCUCGAGCGCCGGCCUCGCCCUCCUCCACAAGCCUGUCGUCCUCACACCCAUGCGCGGCUGGCUCUCGGAUCCCGCAGGCCCCGAGCCCGACUCCAUCUUCACCGUCACUGGCAGCAGCAAGCUGUGCGACGUCGGUACCGCCCAGGACUACAUCGUCGUGCACGAAGACGAGGUCGCCCUCGCGCCGGCCCACCUGUCGCCCGUCGAAGCCGCUGCCCUUCCGCUCGUCGGACUGACUGCCUGGCGCGCCCUCGUCACCAAGGCCGCCUGCACGUCGGCCGGCAAAAACGUCCUUUUGACCGGCAUCGGCGGCGGCGUCGCCUUGCAGGCGCUGCAGUUCGCCGUUGCCUUUGGCUGCCGCGUCUUCGUUUCCUCCGGCGACCAAGGCAAGGUCGACAAGGCGAAGCAGCUCGGCGCCGUCGGCGGCGUCCUCUACAAGAACGACGGCUGGGAAAAGGACCUCGCCGCCAUGCUCCCCGCCGACAGGCCGUACCUCGAUGCCGUCAUCGAUGGUGCCGGCGGCAGCAUCGUCGCCAAGUCGGUGCGGUUGCUACGCCAAGGCGGCGUCAUCGUGCAGUACGGCAUGACGGUCGGGCCCAAGAUGGACUGGCUCAUGCAGGCGGUGCUGGCAAACGUCGACCUCAAGGGCUCGACCAUGGGGUCCAGGCGGGAGUUCCGGGACAUGAUCGAGUUUGUCCGGGAAAAGGAGAUUCGGCCCGUCGUCAGCAGGACCGUCAAGGGGCUGGCGAACACGGAGGGCAUCGACGAGCUGUUUGCCGACAUGGCCGCCGGCAGGCAGUUCGGGAAGCUUGUCAUCGAAAUUGACGACGGCGGGGCGUCGCCGAAGCUGUGA